AUGAACUCAUUUUGCUUCCACAAACCUGGAACCCCCUUUGCCCUCGCCUCCUCUUCAGCCCUAGUUAAAUUUCUGGUUUCCAGUGUAGGAAAUGCUAGCAGUGCUAUCACAAUGAAGCCUAAGCUUGCACGCACUGCUGGCACCAAGAUCUUUGACAAGGUCCGGGUGUUUGAGGAGCGGCGAGGGAGCAGCGUGGAGCUCCCUGGUGGGCCGGGACCAGGGUCAGCAUCGGGCCAGUCCUGGGCCAGGUUCGGCCGGAAGGCGUCCUGCGAUUUAGACGACAGCGGCCAACAGAUGGGGGGUUCGGGAAAGGAGGAUGGGGCGCGACAGGAGGCUUCUCAGCGCCGCUCUGUGUUCAAGCAGCAGAGGGCAUCAUCUUUGGAGGACCAGAAAUCCAGCUACGCCCAGAGGGUUCAGAGCUUCCAAAGCAAAUUCACAGAGGAGCUCCAGAGGAUCAAGAAGCUGGUGGGGAAACCCAACCUGAAGAAGGCCUUCUCCACAGAGCAACUGCCCCAAAAGGAGAGGCUUUCCAUGGGCAAGCUGGAGCCUAUCCCCCCUCAGGUGGUGAGGAAGCUGGAGGAGAGAGAGAGGGCCCUUGAGCAGAAGAGAGAAGGAAGGAGAGAGGACGAAAGACUGUCUCCACAAUCCAAAGAGAAGGUUCUAGAUGAUCAAAGGGAAUUUCCCAAACAGGAGAAUGUACCAGAAUCUCACACAGAAACUGAGAGGGUGUCAGUGGUUAGUGCAACACCGCAAGCUGUGGGUAAAAUCUCUGUUUCCAUGGAGACUGCACCGGUUUACCAGUUGCCAGGGCAACCAUCAUUAGUAGAGGAGCAGAAAAGCCCAACCAGGGAAACCCUCCAGAGCUCAUCAAGGGAGAGGACUCCUUUCACAGCCCAGAAGCCAGCAUCUGUUACCCCGCUGCCCAGACCUCAGUCCCCUUCCAGUGACCUGGACCAAGCCCAAGCCAGAAGAGAUCCCAGGAUGGAGCACAGGUCCCCCAGCCCCACACCCCAGGGACGACCCCUCACCACUGUCAACCCCUCCAGGCCUCCAAGGCUCACCCCAUCCCCUACCAUUCCUGGCAGUCCUCUGGUGAAGCGGAGAAAGAGUGAGACAGGCAGGGGCUCUCCUGCCCUGAAGCUGACCAUCCCCACCAUCCUGCUGGAAGACCAGCCGAUGGAGGAGGAGGAGGAGGAUGGAGGGAAGAAGGAUGGAUGGAGGAGGACGGAGACUGGGAAAAAGAAAAAGCGGUGCAUCAAGAACAAAAGAAGGUCUCCAAGGUCUCCUGAAGAAGGGGACUCAGACGACUCUUACAUGUCAGCAGACGAGGGCCCCGUCGAAGCCCCAGAGUUUGAACGACCCCUGAAGGACAUGACCGCCCAGGCAGGGUCAGAGGUCAUCCUCAGAUGCAUCAUCACUGGCAGCCCACUGCCCACAGUGACAUGGAAGAAGAGCAACGUGGAGAUAAGGAGCAGCAUGUCGAUGGUGGUGAGGGCAGAGGGGGAGGUCCACUCUCUGGUGAUCAGGCAGAUGCGUCCCGGCGAUGCAGGGACCUACGGCGUCACAGCUGUCAACGCGGCUGGAAAGGCUUCCUGCAGCGCCACGCUAUACAUCAAAUCAGAGCCCACACAAGUGCAGUGUGGGAAACCAAUCUCUCCUUUGGAGGUCAGCAGCCCCAUCCAAUCAGACGAGGAGUACCUGAGCCCCUUGGAAGAGGUGAUGGAGGCGGGGCCUCAGAGUAAACAUGUUACCUUUAGAGAACCACUCUCCUUCCAGGUGUCUCUGACCGACCAGGUGGUGACUGAGGGUCAGGAGGUCACCAUGACGGUCAAAGUCAGAGGUCAACCCAAACCCGUCAUCUACUGGUUGAGGGACAAGGUCACUCUGAAGACGGCCGGACGCUUCGUCAUUCAGGAGACGGAGGACAACUGCGAUAGCUCCACCAGCGAGAUGAAAAUCACCUCGGCCCAGCGCUCAGACGCAGGGCCAUACAUCUGCAAGAUCAGCAACGAGUACGGAACCAAGCAGUGCGAAGCGAGGCUGGAAGUCAAAGUCCACACGGUCCAGAUGGUGUUAGCCAUCACCCAGCAGGUCCGUGACGUGUCAGUGAAGGCGGGAGAGUCGGCCAUGUUUGAGUGUCACAUGACUGGGCCCCAGGAUGUGGAGGUGGACUGGCUGGCCAAUGGGAAGCUGAUCCAGCCAGCGCUUCUCAACUGCAAGAUGCACUUCGAUGGGAAGAGGUGUCGACUGCUGCUUAACUCAGUACAUGAGGAUGAUAGUGGGACCUACACGUGUAAACUGAGUACAGUUAAAGAGGAGUUGACCUCCAGCGGAACCCUCAAGGUCACACCCUCCAGAGAGCCCAUGUUCACCAGAAAGCUGGACAUCCUAGAGGUCAUCGAGGGUCGCACAGCUCGGUUUGACUGCAAGGUCAGCGGGAUGCCACCACCCAAGGUCACCUGGAACCACUUUGAGAACCUGGUGGAGGAGAGUGAGAACUUGCGCAUCCUGCAGGAGGGUGGGCGCCACUCGCUGGUCAUCGCUCACGUGACCAGUGACACCGAAGGUUUCUACACGGCCAUCGCCCGGAACGUCCACGGGAAGGCGGACUGCGCUGCCGAACUCUACAUGCAGGAGCCGAGACAGGCCAUCUCCUUGCACAUGGCCAAGCUGGAGAAGAUGCCAUCCAUCCCAGAAGAGCCCGAGGUCCUGGAGAGCGAGGUGGAGAAGAGGACCAUGCCAGACUUUGUCAAACCCCUGUCUGACCUGGAGGUGAUUGAGGGGAAGGAGGCUGUUCUAAGGUGCAAGGUAGCGGGCCUGCCCUACCCGACCAUCGCCUGGUACCACAACGGCAAACGCAUCGACAGCACAGAGGAGCGCAAAAUGACCCAGUACAGGGAUGUCCACAGUCUGGUGAUCAGGAGUGUGUGUCACGCCCACAGUGGCGUCUACAAGAGCGUCAUUUCUAACAAACUGGGCAAGGCUGCGUGCUACGCACACCUGUACAUAACAGAUAUUGUUCCUGACCCCCCUGACGGGCCACCAGUGGUAGAGUCCAUUACAGGGAAGACUAUAACACUGAGCUGGAAGAGACCAAAGAGACUUGACCCGUCUAUAGACUCCAGUUCCCUGCUCUAUGCUGUGCAGCAGCAGGCUCUGGGCUCUAUCCAGUGGACCCUCAUUGCCUCCAACCUGAGAGAGACCAGCUACACCGUCUCCUCGCUAUCCAAGGGUGUCCGCUACGCCUUCCGGGUCCUGACCGCCACCUCCAAGGUCCUCAGCAAGCCCUCACCCUCCACAGACCUGGUUCAGCUCAUGGACAGAGGUCCUUACCUGAGAAAAUCGCCAAUCAUCAUGGACAAACCAGAUAUAGUGUAUGUGGUGGAGAACCAAUCAGUGACCAUCACUCUAACGCUGAACCAUGUCCACGCAGUGGUCACCUGGAAAAGGCGUGGGGUGGUGUUGCUGAAUAAGCCAGGGAUGUAUGAGAUGAGCAUGCCUGAUGACGACCAGCACUCUCUCAAGAUCCAACGGGUCAGGAGUGCAGACACCGGCCAGUUGGUCAUCACGGCUGCCAACCAGUUUGGCAGCGACCUCUGCACCCUCCAGCUGGCUAUGGCAGUGCCUCCCAAGUUUGAAACCAUCAUGGAGGAUCUGGACGUCCAUGUAGGAGAAACGUCUCGCUUUGCAGUGGUGGUGGAGGGAAAGCCUGACCCUGACAUCCUCUGGUACAAGGACGAUGUACUCCUAUCAGAGAGCAGCCAUUUCACCUUUGUGUACGAUGAUGCAGAGUGUUCCGUGGUGGUUCUGAACGCCAGACAAGAAGACUCUGGGGUGUACACGUGUACAGCUAAGAACCUGGCUGGAUCCAUAUCCUGCAAGGCAGAACUCACAGUACACACAGAGAGGAAAAAAGUAGUGGAGCCAGUGGAGGACGAGGCGACCAUCCUGAGGAAAAUGAGGAGACUGACUGAUUACUACAACAUCCACAAGGAGAUAGGCCGGGGGGCCUUCUCCUAUGUGAAGAGGGUGGUCCAGAAGAAAGGAAAGUCAGAGUUUGCCGCCAAGUUCAUCUCGGCUCGGGCCAAGCGGAAGGCGUCUGCCCUAGGGGAGCUGAGCUUGCUGUCAGACCUGGACCACCAGAGGAUCCUCUACUUCCACGAUGCCUUCGAGAAGAAGAACAUGGUCAUCAUCAUCACGGAGCUUUGCCAGGAGGAACUGCUGGAGAGGCUGAGCAAGAAAACCUCAGUAAUGGAGUCUGAGAUCCGGUCCUGUAUCCACCAGGUGCUGGACGGUCUCAGCUAUCUCCAUCAGAAAGACAUUGCUCAUCUGGACAUCAAGCCUGAGAACAUACUGAUGGCAGAAUCUGCCAGCGACCAGAUCCGCCUGUGUGACUUUGGCAACGCCACAAGACUGGAGGCCAGCGAGACCCACUACUGCAAGUAUGGCACGCCCGAAUUCGUUGCCCCGGAGAUUGUUAACCAAACGCCUGUCUCCAAGGCAACAGACAUCUGGCCUGUUGGGGUGAUCACUUAUCUCUGCCUGACAGGCGUGUCUCCAUUCGCUGGUGAGAAUGACCGGAGCACGGUGCUGAACAUCAGGAGCUUCAACGUGGCGUUUGAAGAGAGCAUGUUCAGCGGCCUGUGCAGGGAUGCCAAGGGCUUCGUCAUCAAGCUGCUCGUGUCUGACAGCCUGAGGCCUACUGCUACAGAAUGCCUUCGACAUCCCUGGUUCAAGUCCACCAACAACAAGAGUAUCCACACAGCCAUGCUAAAGCAAGUACAGUGUCGUCGACGGUGGCAGCGCUCUCUUAUUAGCUACAAGUCAAAGAUGGUAAUGCGCACCAUCCCAGAGUUGCUCAACGAUUCGUCAAGCCACAUCUCCAUUGCCGUGCCCCGCCACCUCAAGGAGGGCUCGCCUCCGCCCUCCUCGUCCUCCGACUCCGAUGAAGACGUGGACGAGCUGCCCUUCAUCCCCAUGCCCCUGUCCAUGGUCUUCUCGGGCUCCCGCGUCUCCCUCAACGAGUUGCCCGGGGACGAUGACCUCUCCUCUGCCGGACGCUCCAACGGGACAAUAGAGGGGGCAGGGUUAGCCCGGAAAAAAGAAGAGGAGCCUAUCCCGGCGGCCAGAAAUGAUGGUGGCAGUGUGAGAGGCAGGACGAGGAAGAGGAUCCCAACCAGGGAGGAAGAGGAGGAGGGGGCGUCUUCGGAAGAGGAGAAGACGGAAGUGAAGACGAGGAAAGUCCCCUUAAAGAAGGGAUCGAGCGUGGAGAUGGACGAGUCGGAAAGCAAGUCGAGGAGGCGGACGAUGAGAAGAGGCAGCUCGGCAGACUCCGCCCUGCUGCUCCACAUCGAGCCAGAGGAGGGCGCUGUGGAGGCGGACGCCAACCCAGCAGGCCAGAAGAAUCUGAAGAAGGCCGUGUCCAUGGAGCUGCCAGGCCGCAGCCCCAGCCCAGGGACAGCCAGGCUCAGCCAGGAGGACUACGCCUUGAAACUGGAGCUGAUGAGGCAGAGGCUUCUGAGGGGAGGGAACGCCGACAAGAAGAUGAGCGGACUCCGAGGGCCGCUGUUCGAAACGCUCGGGAUGGACGAUGAGAAGCGGACCAGCUCGCUCGACCGGAACCUGAGGAGAUCCAGGUCAGGUCAAGCCGCGGGAGCGCCACUCACCAGGGCUGCGUCCUCCGACGGCCCUCUGGAGGACACGCCAAAGACCAAAGUGUUCAGGAAAAGUACAUCGUUCACCCUGGGGGACUCAGAGCCCAUGCCCCUGCACCGGCGCUUCGGACGCCCGUUAGAGAUCCCCUCAGCAGGGCAGAGCAGUGGGACUACUGGGGCCGCUACGAAGCUCCAGGAGGCCACCUCCAUGUCAGCCAUGACAGAGCAAACCAAGCUGGAGUCCAGACCAGCAUCUCAAAGAGGGCCCCCUCCCUCCACCCUGCCUGGCCCAGAGAGAAAAGACCAACAGGCAGGAGAGGAGACUAGACCGCAGGAGACGGACAGAAGCCAGGAGGACAUCGCAGGAGAUGAAAGCACUGAGAGAGGGACCAAAGUCACAGAGCAAAAAAGAGGAGGUGUUAGAGAACCGCAGAGGGCUCCUUCCCAAGAGAGGUCUCCCUCUGUGUUAGCUCCCAUCGUCGUCAUAGAGGAAGAGGACCAUAAGGAAGACCAUAAAGAUGAAAAGGAGAUCAAAACGAGUCAAAAUGAUAAGAAAACGAGCAAGGGUUCCCCUUCCGGCUCGGCAAAAGAAAGGAAAACGUCAGCUUACGCUGACACCAUGCAGGCCAUCGUUGUGCCCUCCGGUAAACGAUCUGACGUCCAUGCUCCCUCCCGCACCCUCACACCCUCACCCUCCAAACCCACUGACACACCAUUGUCCCAUGAGCAUCCUGCUGUCUUUGCCAAGGUGGCGAUCAUCAGCGAACGCAGCCCUAGUGUCUCCUCCAACGUUUCCUCCUCCUCCACCGCGGUGCCGGACCGCCCCACCACGCCCCGCCAGCCCCUCCUCAGGACCGACAUCAAGGACAUAGACUCAGAGGAGGUGUUUGAGGCCCGAUUCAAGAAGCGCGAGUCGUCGCUAACCCGUGGCCUGCGCAGACUGACCAGGGCUAAGUCGGAGGAGAAGUCAUCCCCAGUGCUGGGGCGGAAGGCCGGGGAAGGCGGAGAAGAGGUGUACCGUCCAGGGGCCCUGGGGGCCCCUCUGGAGAUGGUGUCCGUUGGACUCCAAGAGAAGUCCAAGUCUGUGCAGGACUUGAGGGAGGUCGAGAAGGACCCGGGACUUGGCCUGAUUGGACGGUUCUCCAUGAGGGCCAAGAGGACGUCGUCUGUAGAUAAAAAGGAGGAGAAAACCAAAGAGGAGAAGAUCAAGGAAGAGAAACUGAAGGAGGUGGUGGAGCCCUCGGCCAGCAAGCGCAGAGUGACCUGGGCUAUUGGGCGCAGCAAGUCUCUGGACACAAAGGACCUUGACAGUGGCCAGCCAAUCAGGCAACAGGAGGAGAGAGAUUGCCGGAAGGUGGAUGACUCGUCUGUCUCCGCCAUGAGGCGAAAAUUUGAGUCCAAAGUGGCGAGUAUUUCCUCCAAGAUCAGGACCCAGUCAGAAGAAAGGAAGGAGAGGAAAGAAGAAAAGGAGAAAGAGAAAGGGAAAGAACAGCUUGGGGCACGUUUAGAAGAAGACACCAGCAAAGAGCAGGUAGAGAAAGAUCUUAAGAAGAUCAGUGAUUCGCCUGUCCUGGCCAUGAGACGGAAGUUCGAGAACAAGAUGGCUGUAAUCUCGACCAAGAUGAGGAGCCAGUCAGAGGAGAGGAAGGGUGGUGAGAUGGAGGGAGGGAAAAUGGAGGGGAAGAGAACUCCCCUGUUCUCGCGUCAUCGCCAUUCCCAUUCCGAGGGUGGCAGUCUGAGGGGUAUUGGCAUCCCGGAGAAUGAGCUGGCCAAACAGACGGGCAUGGAGGCGUCCAGGGAAUCCGUCAACUCCACGACAAGCAACCAGUGUGAGAAGGUCGCCUCCCACACCCCAGAGGUCGACCGGAGGUCACGCUGGGACAGGUGGGGUCUCAAUCGAAACAAGAAGGACAAGACCCCAUCUCAGACUGACCUGCCCUCCUCCUCAACCAAAGAGGAGGAGACCUCACGCAGCCAAUCGUCUUCUCGCUCGACCUCUGACUUCCCACCUGUUUUUCAUAUCAAGCUGAGGGACCACGUGCUAUUGGAGGGAGACCCUGUCACUCUUAGCUGCCUCCCUGCUGGCAGUCCCCACCCACAGAUCACCUGGUUGAAAGAUAAGCGCCCCCUUGAGUUGGACGAUCGUAUGAACCUGAUCUCGCACCCAGACGGCCGACAGCUGCUUACCAUCAUGAAGACGGGGAGGAGGGACGGUGGGCUGUAUGAGUGUGUCGCCACCAACACCCUCGCCACCAUCACCAGCUCCUGCACGCUAUCCCUCGCCUGUGUUCCUAAGCGACCAGGGACCCCUGAGGUCCCCCAGACCUACAACAACACAGCCCUGGUGCUAUGGAAGCCAGCUGACACCAAAGCCCCUUGCAGCUACAUCCUGGAGAGGAAGAUGGAGGGAGAUACUAACUGGUUGAUCAUCGCCACGGGUGUGGCUGACUGCUACUACAACGUCACAGACCUGCCUGCAGGGGGCGUGUUCAGGUUCAGGGUGGCUUGUGUCAACAAGGCAGGACAGGGGCCCUACAGCAACUGUUCUGACAAAGUCAGCCUGGAUGACACAGUUGGAGUAUCCUCACCAACAGUUGCCAUAGUAAAGACUGUACCCGCCCCCUUUGCUCCAAAUGUUUCCUCCUCAAUCACCACCCCCCCCCUCAAACCAAUCCAAAUGACACCCCAUUAUAAAACGGUGUCCUCCAUCUCCUCCUCCCCGCCUGCCUUCCCCCUUCCUCCCUCCACUCCUCCACCCUCUAACUCUUCCAGCACUUUAACUGAGACCUCCCCGGAUACACCCACAAACGUCACCACCCCGAUCCCCCCUUUGUCUCUCCCUUCUCCCCCCACGGUCAAACCCCCACCUCCCUUCGUCCUUCCCAAGCCCCAGAGCCCAGUCAAUGUGGUGCCCCCCAUGACCCAGACCCCCCCUACGUCCCCUCCUCCCCUGGUCAGCCCCCCUCCCACCCCCACCAAGUCCGUCAUGGUCUCCAUCCCUUCCUACGUACCUGCCACCACCGCCAGAGUGACCCCCACCCCCUUGGCAGCCCCCUCCUUCUCUCCCCAGGUGCUCCAAGUGUCCAGUCUCAGUCCCUUUGGGGAGGGGACCAGUACCCCGUCCAGAGGCACCCCAUCUGGCCGUACUACCCCCUCCACCUCCCUCCGCCAGGGGGUCCCUCAGAAACCCUACACCUUCCUGGACGAGAAGGCCAGGGGUCGGUUCGGGGUGGUCAGGGAGUGCAGAGAGAACUCUACUGGGAACAUCUAUAUAGCGAAGAUUGUCCCCUAUGACCAGGAGACCAAGCCAUUUGUGCUACGGGAGUACGACAUCCUUAAGUCUCUGCACAACGACAAGAUCAUGGCUCUGCACGAGGCCUACGUCACUCCACGCUACCUGGUCCUGGUGGCAGAGUACUGCACAGGCAAGGAGCUGCUCUACUGCCUUAUAGACAGGUUGAGGUACUCUGAGGAUGAAGUGGUGUGUUACCUGGUGCAGAUCCUGCAGGGUCUGGAGUUUCUUCACAACAGGCGCAUCCUGCACCUGGAUCUGAAGCCUGACAACAUCAUGGUCACUCACCUCAACGUGAUCAAGAUCCUGGACUUUGGCAGCGCUCAGAACUUCAACCCGCUGUCUCUGAAGCAGUACAACCCAGGGCUGGGGACUCUGGAGUACAUGGCCCCUGAGAUGGUGAGGGGAGAGGUUGUGGGUCCCACCGCAGAUAUCUGGAGCCUGGGGGUGCUUACUUACAUAAUGAUGAGUGGCAGACUACCUUUCCAGGAUAAGGACCCCCAGCAUACAGAAGCUAAGAUCUUGGCAGCUAAGUUUGACCCAACCAAGCUGUACCCCAACAUCUCCCAAAGUGCCUCCACCUUCAUUAAGAAGACGCUGAGCAGCUAUGCCUGGGCCCGUCCGACCACUAAGGACUGCUUCACCCAUGCCUGGCUCCAGGACUCCUAUCUGAUGAAGCUGCGCAGACAGACUCUGACCUUCACCACCGCCCACCUCAAAGAGUUCCUGGGGGAGGACGAACGCCGCCGUGCAGAGUCCUCCACCAAACACAAGGUUCUACUGCGUUCCUACCAGACCUUGCCACAGCUGCCCACCUCGCCCACACCCUCUCCACAACUACCUGGCACACCAGGUGCUGAGUGAGCGUCUGCUAGGGGCAAAGAGGGUUCAAUGGCAUCAAGACAAAAUCAAUCUCAAAGUGAAACAUCACUUCAUCGAGUCAUGGAAAAACAACACUGCUAAUGGAUAGUUGUCCAUUUGUGAUUUGUGAUGUUUUUAAAGUUCGUUUUACAUUUUCUGUUGACUUGAUUGGCAUGAUUUGGUUGUUUGAGGACAACUGUCUACUACCCUGAGUAUUCUCUGUGUAUGUGUCUGCAAUUUAGAACCACUCAGUUAACACAAAAUAUAUUACAGUUUGACAGAUUUGUUCAGCACAAUUAAACUGGGACAUUAUAUAUCUGCUUUUAGAGCACAGACUUGUUUUGACAGUUUGUAUAUUUGGUAGUGAUUAUGUAAAAGUACCAUAAUGUAUGCUAAUUUAUGCUGCUAAUUUAUGUUGCAUUUAUUUACAAUUUUUUUUAAAUGCAAAACCAAAAAGAAUUGUAAGUUUUCUCUCUUCCUGGAAUUGUAUGAGAAGUUUCCCUCUUUUUUAUGUUAAUUUAUUUGCAUGUGUGCAUUUCUUUGGGUUUAUGUUUCUGAAUUACUCCUGGAAAACUAAGCAACUAUACAAGAGCACCUUCAUGAUCAAUGUUUAUAGGAUGAUAAUAAUAAAUAUAACUGUGAUUUAGAAUUACUUAGGUCAGUCUGUGGUACAACAUGAAUGUCCUGUUAAAGUAAAGGUACUGAGGUUAAAGUUCUACUGCAAUCUUAUUUCACUAUUGAACGACUUCAACAAUGUAGAUAAAUAUCAAUGAGGUGUCAGUUGGACCACAGUUCUCCCUGGUGGUGGGUUAAGUUACUCUAGACUUGGUCACUCUGUUAGUGCCUCUAUCAGUUUCGAUGACGUGAAAACACAAAACUUUUAUUUUGUAAAUCCGUCGUCAUGGCUUAUUCACAAUAGGUGAUUUGUGCGUUUGACUCGUUAUUGACUUGUCAUAUCAUAAUAACUGAUACCAUCUCUUAUGGACGAAAACACUUACUUAUAUACUCGUUUUUGUGGUCAAAGAAAAACUCUUGUGAAUCUCUCUACACCAUACAGUGUUUCUCUUUUGUACAAAUUUGAAUGGCUGAAGAUUUGUAAAGGUAUCAAUUUGCUGUGUUUAUAAAGUGGAAAAGGUUUGAAAUGUUUUUAUGAAACAGUCUCUAAUAAAAUUAUUGACAUUAUUGCA